AUGUCUGAUCGAAUUUGUGGUUGUAGUGUGGUUACUUCAGCGGGAGUUAUCACAAGUCUUCAGCUUAUCGUUCUUCUUCUGACCCUAUCAAGUACCGGUCUGAUUUUGGAUCGUUACCACAAAUGGCAAACCCAAUACCUUCAAAUCAACUCUUCUAGUACUGAAGAAGUGACAAUCAGUACGGUACAUAAAUAUGAAGGAACAAUUUGGAGUGAAGCUUUGAUGGAAUUGGGAAUGGCUUGGUAUGUCGCUUUUGGAACCUUCUGGCUUUUCUCCGUACUAAUCCUCACGCUCUCUUUCAAAUACUAUCGCCCGGUUUUCGUCAUACCGAAUUGUACAGCUUUAUUGGUUGGAAUCUUCUUCAAUCUUUUUCUGUUUGGAAUAUUACUAGCAAGAAUAUUAGACGUGCCAAAAGAUUUGCGAACUGAUGAAUUGGAAGAAGCGAUUAUUAUAUAUUCAAUGGGAUUGUCUCUUUUCGCAUUUCUCAGCUGCGUAUUUUUCCUUAUAUUCAUCAUCAAGUACCAUAAUUUCUUAAAGAAACGGUACGGACAUCAAGUUCCGAAGUUUGUGCAAUCUCGUGCGAGAACCGGAUACCACGAGGACGUAUAUUGA